AUGAACAAUGAUUCACCGUCGACUUCCGCAGCGCCAAAUCGAUAUUCGACCGACGGUAUAGCAGGCGGCGCCGGCCUGCAUCAUCACCAACAGGAUGGAGAUGUGCCAAGGAGCCCCGGGUCUCGCGACGGCCAGCGCAGAAGGCGGAAGAACCGAAAGAAGCGGAAUCCGGGUCUCAAGAAGAAGCUCGCCUUCGUCACACAUCUUCUCAAAGGACUAGAUACCGUCGUGCUUGCGGAGCUCAGUGCUUUGUAUUAUAUGGAAUGCUCGUUAUUCCGAUUCCUCAUCCGAGCUGCCGGCCAGUUCGUCUGCCUCUCCCCGAAAGACGAGGCAUCUCCGUUUCUCCUCCCAGCCAGUCGGAUCCACGUACUCCUGAUUCUUGUACCCAAUAUAUGGUGUAUGCUUAUGCAUCUUUUCGGCGCAUUGCCUAAGGGCCCAGACUACCAUCGAGGAUAUCUUCACGGAGGCCUCAUUUUCGACUUUAUCGGCCAAAAACCUCCGCAAUAUCGGAUAUACUACUUCAUGGCGGACUUGGCUAUACUAUUCUUACAGUGUUUCAUGCUCACAGUGCAUUCGGAGCGGGAGAAGCUCCGCUUAGCUUUGAAAACCUUUCGGCCCAUUUUCUCAGAUCCAGUAACAACAGCUAGGGUUGCGCGAACUAUCGAAGAGCUGGAUGCUGAGGAGCAGGGUAUGCAAGGUGUGUAUCCAGACGCGGAGAAUGAGUUAGGAGAUGUAGAAUUACAGUCUCUUGGAAGGGGUAAUGGAGAGACAAGCUCGGAACGGAGGAGCGACCUUGAACUAUCGGGUCGUCCCAGUCAUGAAGGGUCCAGGUCCCAUUUAGCAGAUAUACUCAACUCUGGGAAUGCUGUGAUUGGCGAAUAUCACAUAGUGAACACCAUGCGCCUUGCUGCCACGGAGCUUGAGCGAACAACCAGUACUUCCAUUCAAAAUAUCGGAACUCUAGCUGCUCUAGAAGCGGAGCGAAGAGGCGUCACCCUGCCAUCUCGACCAGGGCCAACAGUUUGA